AUGACACACGAACAUCAAAAUAUCACUAAAUCUGCUUAUGUUUAUAUUUUUGUAAGAAAGAAAGAUCAAUCGCUUCUCAUAUAAAAUUUGAAUCUUUCAGCAAACUGACUAUUUUUCGAUUGCUGAUGAAUGGCAAGCAAAACAUGGGAAAAGGCUUGAUUCAACAUUUUUUGAGGUGAUAAACCCGAUUUCACAGUCUGGAAUAUUUUUGGGCUCUUUGGUUUUUGGUGAGUUAGGAUGAUUCCAUAUUUUAAUUUAUAGAAGAGACGUCAUAAUAACAAUAUGUAUGUCUCUUCAGUUAAUUAUUUAAAAAUUCGAAAUGUUUACAGGAUUUCUAACCGAUAAACUUGGUCGUCGUCGAUUAUGCAGAUAUGGUCUUUUCGUUGCCGCAUUUGCUCUAGUAACUGAAAGUUUUCUUCUAUGUUCUGCAGCUAUUGUAUGUGUUCGAUUUGCUGUUUCCUUUUUGGUUGGCGGAAUUCUUGUAUCAUCUUGGAGUUUGAUGACUGAACUAGUUUCCAACAAAACUCGAUUGAUUGCUAGAUCCUUUGCGACUUAUGUAAGAGAUUCGUCAAAAACAUUUGAAAAAAAUAAAUGAUUUUCUUACUUUCCAGCCAAAUGCCAAACUCAUAUUUGUUCUAAUCUGCUUUUUCACCAAAAAUUGGCGACUCACACUUCAAAUUUCUGCAUUUCUUGCGUUUUUCAAUGCAUUUUUGCAUUGUUUCAUUCCUGAAAGUCCCACUUGGCUUCAGUUUAAUGUGAGUUUCAAAUAUUUAUACCGAAAAAAGUAUUUGUUAUCUUUACAAUUCUAGGGAAGACACACCAAAGCGAUGAAAAUUUGCGAAAAAAUUCGUCAAAAAUCGAGAGGGCAAUGUAAUUUGGGUAGGAUCCCACAAUCGAAAACUUCAAAAAAAUAUUGUGAUUUUCAGUACUUCCCAAAGAUGAAUACGAGUCGCUGACUUUCAAAGAAAUUUGGAAUCGCGAAGAAUACCGAAAUCUAUUCUUUCUUCUAGGAUUUAUAUGGAUUGUAACAAAUUUCACAUCAGCAUUUCUGGAUUUUUCAGUGACUGUUAUUAUUAAAGAUGAUUUCAUGAAAAGUCAAAUUUUACUAGCUGCUGCUCCAGCAAUUGUGAAAAUGGUAGGUGUUUUGUGAAUUCCGUGAAAAAUUGACAUUUAUAGAUUUUUGGAAGUCUGGAAUUGUUAGAUGUUCUAAAAAUUUCAAGAAAACCUCUUCAUCUUGCCUCAUUAUCAAUUGUUGCCAUAACUAUGUUGAUUUGCGCUAUAUUGAUAAUAAUCGGAGUUCACGAAACUGCCCCAUUCAGUUAUUUAUAUAUUAUACUUUAUCUAAUCGGACUCUCCAGCAUUGAAUUUAUUUGGGAUGCUUGUUAUUUGUAAGUAAUCGAGUCUAAAAUUUUCGAAAGAAAAUGGUCAAAAAUUCAUAAAACUGAAAUCUCCGUUUUCAGCGCUUUCUAAAAAUAUAUAUAAUCAAAAAUGAAAAAAAUAGCUGAUGAGAGUGGGAUUCGAACCCACGCCCCCGAAGGGACUGGUGCCUUAAACCAGCGCCUUAGACCGCUCGGCCAUCUCACCACAUGAAUGAGAUAGAGUGUUUGUUUGGCAUAUGAAGAGAGAAAAGAAAGAAGUGGGGAAGAGGAGAAAGAACAAAUGCAUCAAAAAAUUUCUCUGCUCUCUCUCUGCAUCUUUCAACGCUCUCUAAAUUUUUCUUUACCCCCUCUUUUCUCUCGUCGUGUAAAAUUUGAAACAGUUGAUUUUUAGAUGUCUUGUCGAACAAGUGCCAACUGAAAUUCGAGGAACUAUAACAGGAGUAUGUUCAUUGUUGGCUAGAACUGCUGGAAUUUUAGCAACAAAUUUGGUAAAAAAAUAUAGAUGAAAACAUAGAUAAAACCUAAAGUUUCAGACAUUUUUGAGAGAUACACCAUUCCCUUGUUUAAUCGCAUUUUUCAUCACAGUUAUACAUUUCAUAGUUGCAUAUUUGUUUUUAACUGACACUUCAGAUGUGAAUCUUUCAGAAGUACCUAAAAUUUCAAAAACAUCAAUCCACACUCAAUCCAUAUUUUCUAGGUUGGACGUGACAUUCGACGUUUGAGUAACGUAAAUCCAAUAAGAAUUCUUGAUUUGCCUGCUUGCCCAAAAACCCUGACUCAAUGCUAA